AUGGCAGGUUUCGGAUUUGGUACGCCAAAUACCAAUACAGGGUCUUCCUUUUCAUUUGGUGGAAAUACAAAUAACACCAACAAUGCUACAUCAGGCACCUCGGGGUUCUCGUUUGGAGGAAAUAAUAACACGACCGGCCAGACAACAACAGCUGCUCCCUUAUUUGGCCAGCCAGCUCAACAGCAACAAUCAUCUGGCCAAUCUUUGUUUGGUCAACCCACACAGCCAGCUCAACAGCAACAAUCAUCUGGAACAUCUUUAUUUGGCCAGCCAGCACAACAGCCAGCAGCAGCAGCUUCAGGAACUUCGCUUUUUGGCACUCCUCAAACAUCGACAAAUGCUCCAGCAACUAACACAACAGGUUCAUUAUUUGGCCAACCUCAAUCGAACCAAGCUCCUGCAACCGGAUCUCUUUUUGGCCAGCAAUCGCAGCAAGGUGCAGCUGGAACUACUGGAGCCUCAUCAUCUUCACUUUUCAAUAAAUCAACAACAACAACGGCAACCACAGGUACUUCUCUAUUUGGUGGCGUAAACAAUACACAAGCACAAACUAAUACAACAUCUUCGCUUUUUGGCGGCAAUCGACCAGCAACAGGUGGACUUUUUAAUUCUAAUACCACAGCUCCAGCAGCUACAGGAUCUCUUUUUGGACAACCUCAACAGAAUACUUCACUUUUUGGACAACCUCAACAACAACAGCAACAACAGCAACAACAACAACAACAACAACAACCUCAACAACAACAGCAACAACAAAAUCUUUCUCUUGUUCCAGAUCAAAGAAUAUCAAGAAGACGACUUAAUAACGAGCUUUCUACUCUUGAACAAAUUGAAAAGUUGCAACGAGCAUGGGAUCCAUUAUCUCCAUCUUGUGCUUUCCAAUUCUUUUUUUACAACCGCGUGGGUCAGCAAGAGGCUUUGCUUUAUGAAAGACCAGCACGCAUUGAACAGAGUCGGUGGGAUAAUGCAAUUGCUGAGCGACCUGAUGAUACCCAUGUACCUGCGCUGGCCAUUGGAUUUACUGACUUGCAAAAACGAGUUGCAGUACAAGAAACUGCAGUGACUCAGUAUCGCAAGCGAAUGCAUGAAAUUGAUGAAAAGCUUGCGGUUCUCUCACAGCGUCACGACCUGCAAACCACUGUCAAGAUUGAACAGAUGAAGAUGCGCCACCGCAAACUAGUCCACCGAACUUUAGCUUUGGCAGCACGUAUUCAAGUUUUGCGUUCGCGCGGCUAUGUACUGCGGCCAGAUGAGGAGGUGCUGAAGCGGAAGCUUGAGCAGCUGCACAAGGAGGUUGAUGAUCCAGCUGUUUUUGGAAGAAUAAAUGAGAUUUGGGCUCGACUGACAGUUUUGCGUGAGCGUGCUAAAAGCAUUUCUACCAAACAUGGAGUUGAGCUUAACGAUAUUGUGGGUGAUAGCAUUGCUGCCAGUUUGGAGGGUACCAGUGCAGCUGGCGAAAAGGUACGUGCCAUUUUGUCUGAGCUAGAUUGGAACCGUGAUGAUGAGCAACUUGAGAAGUUGGCUAAAGUUCUUAAAGCUCAACAAGUUGGCAUUUCGUAUCUUGCAGAAAUCUUAUUGCGGGAUACUGCUCAGGUAGAAGGCAUUAUUGAUGAAUUAACAUAUCGUAAUGAAAAAUCUGAUGAGCACAAACGGCUUGAGAAGAAGUAA